AUGUCGCAUGACUUCAACAUUUCAUUUGAUCCCUCUCAUAUCUUGAUCGUGGAAGGACAGGAAAAGCUCGUCUUUUUAAAUUUUAGCUGUCCGCAGUGGAGGAAUUUUUCAGUUCACGUGGCUGUAACAGAUGUUGAGGUAGCGAGCGUGCUGUAUAUCGACGACCGCUAUGAGAACACUGUAGGCCGCAACGCGACUUCUGGAACUGGUUCGUCUCUGGAAAACUUCACUACAUCUUACCGUCGAGCAGCCAACGAUGACAGUAACACUUUGAUCUAUAGGGUCUUACAAAACAAUAACUUCAUUUUCUCAACAGAGGGAUUCAAAAACGGCAGCAAAUUUGAAAGAUCUAUGUCCUGCUCAGGCCAGCUACUAAUCAAAGGACUACGCCUGGGUAGAACUGAUAUCACCUUGAAUUUCUACAAAAUCGCCGAGAAAAAUGACAAUGUCUACACUGACGGUGCACAUCUGGACGACAAUACUACUUCUAUACUCAAGGUAUACGAGGACGUCGUAGUUAUCAGAAAACGUAGGCCCAUAGAUACCGCGUUUCGGGUCGUGACGUCAGCAUUCGUGGCGUUUCUCACCAUGCUGAUGGGGUGCACCUUAGAUAUGGGCAUCGUGAGGGACAUUUUGAAGAAGCCGCUAGCGCCAGCCAUUGGUUUUGCGUCCCAGUAUGUUCUCAUGCCUCUACUGGCGUUCGCGGUGGGCCAAAUCACACAGAUCGAGGACGCUUUCGGCCUGGGCCUUCUGACCAUAGGCUGUAGUCCCGGGGGUGGGUCCAGUAACGUCUGGACUAUACUGCUAGGAGGGGAGCUGGAGCUCAGCAUUACUAUGACGUUUCUGAGCACCUGCGUGUCACUGGGCGUCAUGCCGCUGUGGUUAUUUCUGUUGGGGCGAUUCUACAUCGACGAAAGCAAGAUCAAGAUCCCAUACGCUUCCAUUGCCGUCACCAUAGCGUCCCUGGUCGGCCCUAUUUUAAUAGGCAUUCUCUUUCGACUCUGGAAACCUCACAUGGCCGACAAGACGAAGCGCUUAAUACGCCCCUUAGCGUUAAUAUUUAUUGUAUAUGUGUACUCAUUUGGGGUAUACGUAAAUCUUUAUAUGUGGAUACUGAUGGGUAAACGUCCGCGUUUGAUUGGCGUUGGAGCGUUGACGCCAUGGUGUGGGUUCUUGUUUGGAUUUGUAAUCGCUAAGAUAUUUCGGCAACCCCGCAAGAGAGCCAUUACGAUUUCUUUAGAAACUGGCAUACAAAAUAUAGGUAUUCCUAUCCUUAUUCUCCAGUUUUCUCUUGCCCAACCUGAAGGGGAUUUGGCGGCCAUCUUCCCCAUAAUUCAGUCCAUAUGUCAGAUGUUCCCACCGAUCUCGGCUUUAAUUGCUCUUACCAUAAAACAUAAGUGUUUUGAUAAGGGUAAGAAAUUCAAAGACGCUGUGGAAAAGAAAGACGGCAAUGAGAAAGGAGUUCGCCGCAGCAAGGACAAAGAAAAAUUACCUGCCGAUGAGGAAGAAAUGGUAAAUUUAAAAAUGGACAUGAAAAAAGCUGAAGCAGUAGAAUCCAUCUCGGAUGAAGACGACGACGCUUUGUGAUUAUUGAUAUUCUGUCUAUAAUACUAUGCUAGUUUUACAUGUAACGACUAUACACUCUGCAAAAUAAG